AUGUCAGAUAACCUAAUCUCAUCUAAGUAGUCGAGCAGAGUCUAAAUUUUUAGGGCACCCAAUUAAGGAAGAGUCUCCCCAAUAAACAAGUAAACUCAUAUUUGCUUUUAAUCAGUUCUAAAAUCCAUUAAUAGUCAAGAUAAGUCUCGCUAAAUUUCUUCUAAAAAUGAUAUUGAGUAUGACGAUAAUCAAUUGCAAGAGAAAUUGAAUUUAUACGAAUUACUCAGAAUUGAAUUCUAAAAGAAACAUAUUCUCAUUGCAUAAUUUGAUAUAGUCACCACAGAGAACCCUGAACUUUGUAAAAUAGGCCUUCUCAAACAAAUGAUGAAUAUAUCUUAGCAAUUAAUGAUGAAUGAACUUGAGAUUUCUGCCUGGUAAAUGAUUAAUAAAGAUAUUGAGUUGGUGAAUUUGCCAAACGAUUAAAUUUUACAGAGACUGAUGAUGACGGCAUUAAAAGCAAAAAAAUUUGUUUAAGAGGAGAGUGAAAUGAAGGUCUUCACUAUAUUCCUAACUCAUAAUUACCCAAAAUUAAUGCAAAGUUUCAAUGAAUGGGAAGAAGAUACUUAAAUAUAUGACAGUGGCCUUGAUAUUAAAGAAGAACAUAUUCGAAGAGCAGUUCACACUACAAAGCAAACUGAUUAGAAUAGUGAUGCUAAUGAUGAUAAACAUGAGAUAUUUAACAAAAAAUGGAUAAGAUCAACUGAUCUUAAAAGAGAACUAAAAGAAAAGAUUCAAAAAUAAAAAUAGCAGUAAUAAUAAUAAUAAAGCCAAAGUAUGACAACCAAUAACUCUAAGAUUGACAGGUCAAGGAGCAGAUCACCUAUGAAUGAUAAUCUUACCUUAUGUCCUUAGAAAUAGAUAAUUUUUAAAAAGGAAGAUCUUUAAUAUCAGAAUCAUAAUUCUAAAAAUAAUAACAAUAAUGGAAGUACUAGUACACAUUAAAAUUUGAAAUCAGUCAAAAGAGAAUUAAAUAGUGGUAAUAGUAAUAAAAGAGAAGAGUGCUAAAAAUCCUCUAGGCAAGAUUAAUAGCAUUAGCAAACUUAGAAAUAAAAUUAGUAGUCUUAAAGUAACUAAUAAUAGUAGCAUAAUCUCUAGAAUGCUUAUAAAAUAUUUAACAAUACUACUGAGAUAUCAAAUAAUACAACCAAUACUACAAACAUAAGCCAAAAUACUAAUAAUACAUAGAUAAAUGCUCCUCAGACAUUUAAUCAGAUCUACAUUAACAACUCUCAGUUCCUUAUUAAUCCCUUUAUUAAUGCCAGAAAAACAGAGGAUCUUAUGACGAAUUCUGGAUCAGUAAAUGAAAAAACACCUUCCUCAAAUAGCAAAUUCGAUGUGCUACCAAUGUUUAAUCCUAAUAAUAAAAGCAAUGAGUCAUUAAUGACUCUUAAGCAAGCUAGUUUCACUCUUUAUGAUUUAUUCUAAAAGAAAAAUCAGGAAUCAUAGUAGCAAUAGCUAAAUAACUAAUAAAGCUAGGCAAAUAUGCUAAGAUAGAAUAACCUCAGCAAUAUGAGCAAUGGGCUAAUGGGGCUUGAUCAAAGUAUAAGAAGUCUAUUUCCUCAAUCAUAAAUGAGUGGAUUUGGCUAAUCUGUGCAAGGAUUCCUGUAGAAAGGAGGAUAAAAUAGCUAAUUAACACCUUAGAUGUCCUUCUAGCAUCCAUUUGGUGUAAAUAUGGGAGGUGCUGGAUCUGCUUUUGCUUUGCCUGACAUGAUCCUUUAAGGAUCAUUUCCUACAUUUUUUAUGCAAAAAAGUGGAAGUAUCGACAAAUCUAGAAAUGGCAGUUUCAUUCAGUUCUCAAGGCAAAACCAAACUAACAAUAAUAAUAAUAAUGCAGGAUAAAAUAACUUUGGCUUAAUGAAUCUGGCCAGCCAAACUUCUCUCAGCUAGAUGGGAUCUAAUUUAGGUUAGAGUAAUAACACUAUUUAAAACAUAAGUAGCCUAUAAUUUGAUAAGAAUACCAAAGACUAAUAACAAAUAAAAAAAUAAGAAUGA